CCCCAUGAUGUAAAUGUUGAAGAACAAGUUGGAUCCAUAGUACAUUUGCCCAAAUAUCUUUAUAUUACUGUUAUUUGUGAGAAAGAUUAUUAGGAAACAAAUGUGGGCACCAGAAUCUCCCUCUACGUGACUUAAGGGGGGCCACCUCACCCCUCCACCAAUUGCCAAUUCCCCAUUUUCUUCUUUUUCUCUCCCUUCAACACAUGUUUCUGUCUUCACACUCCUCCAACGCAAUGAACAUCUCCUCUCCUUCUUCUUCCUUGCUUCUACUCUUCUCUUUCUCUUCAUUUCCUUAAUUCUUCCCACGGAUUUCAGCUCUUUCCCAUUUUCUUUAUACCAUGAAUAAGCUUGUUGUUGAAGUGGUGGAUGCCUACGAUUUGAUGCCUAAAGAUGACCAGGGUUCUUCAAGCCCCUUCGUGGAAGUUGAGUUUGAUGGCCAACGUCAGAGGACUCAAACCAAGCACAAAGAUCUUAACCCUUCUUGGCAUGAAAGCCUUGUUUUUGAUAUAAACCAGCCCGGAGAUCUUGAGUACAAGACCAUAGAUGUCACUGUUUAUAAUGAUAGGGAAGGCAAUCAUGGUCACCAUCGGAAUUUUCUCGGCCGAGUCAAGAUUUCGGGGGCUUCCGUCCCCUCGUCGGAAUCCGGUUCCAGUGUGCAGCACUACCCGCUUGAUAAACGUGGCCUUUUUUCGAAUAUCAAAGGCGAGAUUGCACUGAAACUUUAUCAAGUCCGUGAUGAACUUCCUCGGGAGCAGGUACAACGUGCGGCUCCUGCUAGUGCGGUGGCUGAAAAUGAAGAAACUGGACGUUUCCAAGAAUCCCAGUUCAACGAAACUCCGUUUCAGGAGAUCAACGGUGGACGUGUCCAAGAAUCCCAGUUCCAGGAAACUCCAUUUCAGGAGAUCAACAACGUCAACAAUUUUGCUGAAGAGAUCAAGGUAGAAGAAAAGAAGAAGAAGAAGAAGAAGAAUGAACCAGAAGUGAGGACUUUUCAUUCUAUAGGGAAAGAACCAGAAGUGAGGACUUUUCACUCUGUAGGGACUGGAACUGGCGGUCCUCCACCAGCUCCGCCUCCAAUGAAGGAAAAGCCCCCAGCGGUGGAGAUUAGAGCAGAUUUUGCUAAAGCAGCAGCACCAGCGGCUAGUGUGAUGCAUAUGCAGAUGCCAAGGCAGAACCCCGACUAUCUGUUGGUGGAAACUAGGCCACCUGUGGCGGCACGUUUGCGAUACAGGGGCGGUGACAAGACGUUGACUACUUACGACUUGGUGGAGCAGAUGCAUUACCUUUAUGUAAAUGUGGUUAAGGCAAAGGAUCUUCCUGUAAUGGAUAUGUCAGGAAGCCUUGACCCUUACGUGGAAGUGAAACUUGGGAACUACAAAGGGCAAACAAAACACUUGGAGAAGAACCAAAACCCUGUAUGGCACCAAAUCUUUGCAUUCUCAAAGGAAAGGGUGCAAUCAAACUUGCUUGAAGUUGUUGUGAAAGAUAAGGAUUUUGGGAAAGAUGAUUUUGUUGGGAAAAUCGUGUUUGAUGUCAUGGAAAUCCCACUUCGAGUUCCACCAGAUAGUCCAUUGGCUCCUCAAUGGUACAGAUUGGCAGAUAAAAAAGGUGACAAGGUUAAAGGCGAAAUAAUGUUGGCCGUUUGGAUGGGAACGCAAGCUGAUGAGUCGUUCCCUGAGGCAUGGCAUUCCGAUGCACACAACAUUAGCCACUCCAACUUGGCUAAUACGCGGUCCAAGGUUUAUUUCUCCCCCAAGCUGUAUUACCUUAGAGUUCAUGUCAUGGAAGCUCAAGAUCUUGUCCCGCACGACAAAGGCCGCCUGCCGGAUCCAUAUGUUAAGGUAGUACUUGGUAAUCAGAUUAGACCUACAAAGGUAAUACAGCGCACCAUUCAUCCAGUUUGGGAUGAGCAGCUUCUGUUUGUUGCCUCUGAGCCUUUUGAAGAUUACAUAAUCAUAUCUGUUGACGAUAGGAUUGGACCUGGUAAAGAUGAGAUUUUAGGGAGGGCAAUGAUUCCAGUUAGAGAAGUGCCUCAAAGAUUAGAAACUGGUAAGCCACCGGAUCCCCGGUGGUUUAAUCUACUAAAGCAUUCAAAGGCAGAAGAGGAAGGUGAAAAGAAGAAAGAAAAAUUCUCAAGCAAGAUCUUGCUGCUGAUUUUUCUGGAGGCCGGCUACCAUGUUCUUGAUGAAUCUACACAUUUUAGCAGUGAUCUUCAGCCAUCAUCCAAGUUCCUCAGGAAGCAGAGCAUAGGGAUUCUCGAACUUGGGAUUUUGAGUGCAAAGAAUUUGCAGCCAAUGAAGAUGAAGGAUGGUAAGUUGACUGAUGCAUAUUGUGUCGCAAAGUAUGGAAACAAAUGGGUGAGGACUAGAACUCUUCUUGAUACUCUGUAUCCUCGAUGGAACGAGCAGUAUACUUGGGAAGUUCAUGAUCCCUGUACUGUAAUCACCAUUGGAGUGUUUGAUAAUUCCCACACCAAUGGGAGCAAAGAUGAUGCAAGGGAUCAAAGAAUCGGGAAGGUGAGAGUUCGGCUAUCGACUCUCGAGAUUGAUCGUGUUUAUACUCAUUAUUAUCCUUUGUUGGUUCUUACACCCGGCGGUUUGAAGAAGAAUGGGGAACUUCAGUUGGCAUUAAGGUUCACUUGCACUGCGUGGGUUAACAUGGUGGCUCAAUACGGUAGGCCAUUGCUUCCCAAGAUGCACUAUGCCCAGCCUAUACCUGUUAUGAACAUAGACUGGCUGCGCCACCAAGCAAUGCAGAUUGUGGCAGCAAGACUGCAGAGAGCAGAGCCACCACUUCGGCGGGAAGUGGUUGAGUACAUGUUGGAUGUGGAUUACCAUAUGUGGAGUCUCAGAAGAAGCAAGGCGAAUUUCAAUCGCAUAAUGUCGCUUCUUUCGGGGGUAACUGCUAUUUGCAAGUGGUUCAAUGAUAUCUGCUACUGGAGAAACCCAAUCACAACAUGUCUGACCAAGACAUCCCCCACAUAUGGAUGCUAGGCUUUCACAAGCGGAUCGUACACACCCCGAUGAGCUAGAUGAAGAAUUUGACUCAUUCCCAACAUCCAGACCAUCAGAUAUUGUACGAAUGAGGUAUGAUAGGCUGCGAAGUGUUGCUGGUAGGGUACAGACAGUGGUUGGAGAUCUGGCAAGUCAAGGGGAAAGAGCUCAGGCAAUACUAAGCUGGCGUGAUCCAAGAGCAACAGCAAUCUUCAUCAUCUUUUCCUUGAUCUGGGCUGUGUUCAUUUAUGUUACUCCGUUCCAAGUGGUGGCUGUUCUGUUCGGUCUCUACUGGCUGCGUCAUCCUCGCUUCAGGAGCAAGCUGCCAUCGGUGCCUGUCAACUUCUUCAAGAGAUUACCAUCAAAGUCAGACAUGCUAAUUUGAGAAACUAAGGUUACUUCCAUUAUUAUCAUUCGUUUAAUCAGUAUGUGAAUAAAGAUGAUUCGGUGAAUAACUUUCAGCAGAUCUUACCUGGAAAUGGGGGAGAGAAGAGCAAUCCACUACCCCAUUACAAAGAAUCUCACUUUUCCUGGUCCGAAUAUGCACAUUCACAGCUUUCUUCAGAUUUAUCUAUGAAACCCCACCAUUCUUUUCAGCCGCUAUUCAAGAUUUUGCUUUAGUUAUCAUGUGUACUUCAUGACUGAAAGCUUAAUAUCUCCACAUGGGUGCUGUAAAGGAGUGAAAAAGGUAAAAAGGACUGUAGGCCAGUGCCUGCAAGUGUCAGAGCUAGUUUAUAUUUAUAGGAUGAAAAUGUUUAUAUAAUAAAAAUAAGAUGAACAAUAGUUCUUCAAA